GUCCGUGGUCACACUGCCAAUGUCAACUUUCCAAGCUGAAUUCCCAAAAUUAUUUCAAUUUUCCUGUCUCAUUCCAUUCGGUAGUAGUUGUAUUUCGACUGUCGCCUGUUUUCCGUGCCUUGAGUGGUGGCUAGUUGUACGCAAAGUGAAGUGCGUCGUUUCGUGGUUUAGUUGUUGUGUUCUGGCACUCAUUUUCACAGGAUCCCAUCCCGACCUCGCUGAAGCAAAUACAACGCGUUUCUUCGUACGCGCUAGCAAUGGAGGAGGCUAAGGAGGAGGAGAAACCAAUCCAGCCCGUGGUCGAUUCAGCACCGAACGGAUUGGUGGACACAACGUCCGUGGUGGAGCCUACAGCCGAAGGCGAGACCGCGGCGGCACCUUUAAAUAAUUUACUCGACAUAACCUUCAACAAAGAGAGCAAGGACAACGAGAUUCCUUGCGUAUCCCCUCCCGUGGCAUUAACAUAUUUAUGUCGCGCUUGUGGGGCAGCUGCAACAAACGGCUUGCUGGGCACAGCUUCAAACCAUUUGCCAAAGGCUGGGAUACCGGUGUCAUCAGCUGAACCAAACGCUUUCACAGGCAAGAUGUCCCUUGUGGAGCCUACGGUUGUAGGCGAGUCCUCAGAGAAACCAUCAAAUAUCUUGAUGGAGACAGACAUAACCAUGGAGGAGCCCAAGAGCGGGUCCAUCGCACCUCAGAUGGCACUGGCAUCUGAGCCGAUGGAUUUGUUGGACACUGAUGAACAACCCAUUGAGAAAAAAACUGUAGAAAAUAUACCAGAAGUCCCGUUUGCACUCGAGGAAGUCAAGGAGCAAUCUGAAGUCUUAACCAUCACAUCGUUGGAAUCUCUGACGCGAUUCUUCUACAUCAGGGAAACCAAACAAGCUGUCUAUACGGGCUCUGGCACGAGCUUUUCGGAAACAACUUACAAUGAUCUGCGCGAUCUAUGUGAUCAGGUGCAAGCACAGCAGCUGGCUGACUGCCUUGAAAAGGCUUUGAUUAACAACGAUGAGUGCUUGCCACGGCCCGAUGAGGCGCUGUUAGUGCUGGCAGUUUUUCUCUCGACGUGCACCAAUGCGACGGAAAGGAUCCUGAUGCGUAAUUGCGUUCCACGACUGGUGCGCACCGACACGGAACUGUUCAUAUUCAUGGAGCUCGCAGAGAAAUUGCAAAAAAUUCAAAUGUACAAGACUCCAUUCAGUCGCACCGUCCGCAAGGCGGUCAUUGCGUGGUAUAAAGAGAGAUCUUUGGAUGAGCUGCUCCGUAUGUGGGCAAAGGGCGAGCAAAUCUGCUCCUUGCACAAUAAUCUGCUGCGUCGUGUCCAUUACAAGCCGGAGCGUAUGACAAUCGAAUACAAGGCCACCCUACAGCUGUUGUCCACCCCCACCAAGAACCUGGUGACUUGGCCUGGAUUCCUCAACCCCCUGAUCGGCAGUAAAAAAAUAAUUGAGGGCAUUGUUAAGCUCCGUAGCACCACAAACGCCCGGGUCGCAGUGACUAUAGUGAACGAGCUCUCAUUAACAUAUGAUCAAGUGCCCGAGAGAUUCCGUAUUGAUCCUACGCUUGCCGUACACCUGAUCCCAACGCUCAGCUAUGAACAUAUAUUUAAAAUCUCACCGCGGGUGUUGCGCUGCUACAGGCGUGCGGCUAGGAACGCGUAUGACAACUAUGAGCACCAGUUGUUCGACAAAACAAAGAUGGAGGCGGCCAACAUAGCCCCGCUGUACAUCUAUAUGAAAAUUUUGCGUUUGGAAUCGAACAGUCGCCUGCGUAAUGUUUUUUGUGACCUCUAUGAGGCGUCUUUCGGACACAACAAGGCGUUGGGCAAGCGUCUAAAUAUAAGUGUGUGCAUAGACAAGAUCUAUAUCCGCAAAUACCUGAAAGGUCGAAAUCCUAGUAGCAAUUACUUGGAUGCGCUGGUCGCAAUAGCCUUCGGGUAUUUUAAAACCGACCCAGACGGUAGCAAGGUGAGCUACUGGUGCGACCGCACUGGCCAGCUUAAGGAUUUAAAGUGGACGAAAAAUAUGACUUUGAUUGAGGCAACCGGUCGCUGCCAGACGCUAGAAGUGCAGAAAUCCAAAAUGGACUUUUCACAAAUUUUCCUCAAUGCGUCUGAGGACCCCGAGGACUACGACAUUUUUCUGAUAGUUGUGCCGAAAGCAACACGGGGAAACCCUAAUAACAAGUCAGCCAAAAUAGCUUCUCUCCUAGCGGGCUAUCGCCUAACUCGACAACCUAAGUCCAAGAUUAUCAUUAUAAGCUUACUAGCGUCGAAGAAGUCAAUGAGCUACUCGGUGGACACGUGCGAACAUAUUUUGGAGUUGUGCGGCAUCAGCGAGCAGAUGCCCCAAAUUAUUAACGCCUUUUUAGCAGAAAAGUUCCGUUAGUUGGCACUCGAUUCGGGGAGAAGUGCUAGGGGCUUGCCUGCCCUAGCGUCAUAAAAGCGAAAGGGAUGGAGCGCUCGUUCUUUGCUCUCUCUCCCUUUCGCUAUCUGUUGGCCAGAGCCAACCCACAAUGAUAUUAGCCACAAUGAUCACGUAAUCACCCACAUUCACGAAUUUACAAGCGUUACAACAAAGUUUUAAGUUAAACGUUAAUAAAACGUCAUAACACACACAUUCACACAAUAAACAGAAACACACAUAAAGGUUUUUGUUCGUGUUGUAACGCUUGUAUUGAGUACUCGGUUUUAAUUGAAAUUCGAGUCCUCCGCCUCCGUCUCCGCCUCCGCCGCACUAUUUGAACUGUAUCAGAUUAAAUGCUGCAAGUGCUUCAGGCGAAUGAUUUAGUUUUUUCAAAUCAAACUGAAUCCACCGAACUGAACUCGAAUCUAAAUUCAAUUUGGAUUUAAGCAAAAUCCCAAAGCAUCUGAGCGGAAAGAAGUUAAACAAGAACAAACAUACCAAAACGUAAAUGUAAAACCGAAGCUGUAACAAAAUAUUAAAUAAUUAAAACAACUGCAACUGAUACCGAAACAACAAAUUGCCUUACAUACAAAAAAUGUUAGUUAAACUUUCAUUUUUAGUUUAGACUUUCUAAAUACGAAUACGGCCGGCGAAACGUACUGAAACACAAAUUAUGGCAUUUAGAUAAAGUUAAAGAAAUUCAAACUAAUCAUUAUCAUUAACACAUAUGUAAACCUAAACCUAAACCUUAGCCUUAGCAUAAUAUAGUCCAAGCCCAAGCCCAAGCAAGCAAUACGAAUAUCAGUUAAAGACAUGUACAUAUAUGCAUAUGUAUACCCUCGUGUCGAGUCUAAUGAAUCAUUAGCUUAAUAGUCGUGACGCGUACAAGAUAAGAAGAGACUCCCAAUGUGCCAUACACACAUACAAAACACACACAAGCCACAUACUCACUGAAAUCAUUAGAAUUGUUUAUAAAUAUUACGAAAUCGCCGAACAAACUAGCUGAGAACAAUAAGGAGAGGAAAAACGCAACCAAUUCGAUGAACUAAAUUUGCUAAGCGAAAUUAUAAUUAAAUAACUUAUACUGGUAUACAGAGCAUAGACACUAAUUUGGAUGAUAAGAAAAUUUAAGCAAACAAUGAAAAAAGCAAAACAAAAAAAUAUAGGAAAUAUUUCCACGGACAUUUCUAACCAAAAUGUUUCCACACGCAUCUGUGAAGUAAACCGUUGUGAUCGCCUUAAUUUUUGCUUUACACGAAACGAAACGAAACAAAACUACAAAACAUUCAGAACUAGAACAAAAACAAAAACAAAAAACAAAAACGAAUAUAAAACCAGAGGUUAUAUAAGUUAUUCCGUAUAGUUUGUGAACUCGUGAAAAGUAUGGAAGAAAAGCAGUAGGAUGGACGCGUAACGUAACCGAAAAGUACCUUUACAACAAAACAAAAGCAGCCACUGAAACUAAGA